AUGGUGAUUUGUUUGAAAAUUAUAAGAUAUAAGGAAAGAAGGUUAUUUAUUAAAUCUAGUCAUGUAUUUUAUCGAAGUUCAAAAGGAUUUAAUGAAAAAAAUGAAAUAAAAUCAGUAAACAAUAUUUUGUGUUUUUCACUUUUAAAUAAGCCACUUUUUCCUGGUCUUUCAUAUGUCCUUAAUGCUGAUAAAAGUUUUAUACAAAUUUUUGAAAAUUAUAAAAAAAAAAAUAUAUAUGUUGGUCUUUUUUUUAACAAAAAAUCAGAGAAUGAUAUAACGUAUGAUAUAUUAAGUGAUCACGAAUUAAAUACUAAUUUUUUUUUUAAAGAAGAUGAUAAGAAAAAUGUGUCAAUAUUAAGCGAUAAAAAUAAAAUUAUAAGAAGGGAUAUUGAUUAUAUAACAAGUUUUAGUGAUAUUUAUGAAUAUGGCUCGAUUGGGAUAGUUAAAAAAAUAUUUAAUAAUGAAAGUUUAAGCAAUGUAGACAAUGGUGGUGCAGAUACUACCAACAAUACGUCCUCUCCUAGCUCAUUCAAUCAGCCAAUUCAAAAUGAAGAAGCGCAAAAUGAUGGACAUAAUGUAACACCCGAUGAGAGAGAAAGAAAUGUUUGUCAAAUAGUUGUUGACAUAUUAGAACGAGCAAAAAUAAACAAAUGGAUGGGAAAGGACAUAGGAGAAGUUGCGAUAGUAAAGAGACAUGAUGAAGAUAGAUUAACAAUUGAUGGAAAUGAAAAAUUGUUUAAAAAAAUAAAAGGAUAUCAACUUGAGAUUGUUGAAAAGAUAAAAGAAAUAAUAAAAAUAAAUAAUAGUUAUGAAUAUAAUAUAUUAUUAAAAUAUUAUAAUACUAAGAAUGUAAAUAAUUUAAUUAACUUUGUAGGAAAUAUAACAAUAGGAAAAAAUAGUAAUAUACAAAAAAUGCUUGAAGAAAAUAAUAUAGAAGAAAGAUUAAAAAAAUGUAUAGACUUAUUGAAUGAAGAUAUAUAUAUGUUUAAAAUAAAAAAAGAAAUAAAAAUAAAUUUAGAGAAUAAAUUUGUAAAGGAAAAAAAAGAGUUACUAAUUACAGAACAAAUUAAUUUGCUGAAAAAACAAAUAGGACAUGAAAAAACAGAGCAUGAAAAAAAUUAUGAAGCAUUCAUUAAUAUAUAUAAUAAUUUAAUUAAAAAUAAGAUAGAUCAAAAUAUUUCUACACAUAUUUUAAAUGAAAUAAAAAAAUUUAAAUUUUAUAAUGAAAAUAAUAAUGAUUAUUCAUCAGCAUAUCAAUAUAUAACAACCAUAUUAGACAUCCCAUAUAAUAAAUAUGCCAAUUUAAAUAAUGAACUAGCUAAAUGUGAAAUAAUUUUAAAAAAUUCUCAUUAUGGUUUAGAUAGUGUUAAAAAAUAUAUAUAUGAAUAUUUAAGUAUAUAUAUAAUAAAUAAAAAUAAAAAAAUCAAACCCAAAAUAUUAUUACUUGUUGGGUAUCCAGGGACAGGUAAAACGUCUAUAUGUAAAGCCAUUAGUAAAUCCUUAAAUAUACCAUACUAUAUAAUAAAUAUCAAUAAUAUUAAUAAUAUUAAUGAUUUGAUAGGGAAUCGAAAAACUUAUGUAAAUAGUUAUGAGGGUAAAAUAAUAAAUGCAUUGAUAAAUACAAAAGUUAUGAACCCCUUAGUUAUAUUAGACGAAUUUGAUAAGGUUGAAAAGUUUUAUAAUAAUAAUAAUGUUUAUAAUACAUUUUUAAACAUAUUUGAUCAAAAUCAAAAUAAAAUAUUUAAAGAUCAAUAUAUUAAUUUUCCUAUUGAUAUAUCAAAUAUAUUUUUUAUAUGUACAGCUAAUUCGAUUGAUAAUAUUCCUGAUAUGGUAUUAGAUCGAAUGAGUAUAAUAAAUGUAUAUCCAUACACAAAUAUGGAUAAAAUAUAUAUAUAUAAAAAUUAUUUAAAAAAAAAAUUACAAUUAGAGACUAACAUAUCAGAUCUAUAUAUUCAUAUAUCCGAUAAAAUCCUAUUAUAUAUUAUUAAUAAUUAUACAAAAGAAAAUGGAAUUAGACAAUUUUAUUCCAUAAUCUAUGAUAUUUAUAAAAAAAGAGCAUACAUGUUAUUACGUGGUGAAACGUCUUGUGUUAAUUUGGUUGAAAGAAUGAAUGAUAUGGUAGAAGAUUCCCCUUUUUCUAUUUCAAAUCAAACUAAAUAUAAUAUAAAAAAUUAUAUAAUAACAGAUUUUAUAAAUAUUGAUAAUGGUAGAUAUAUAAAGCAAGGGAAUGCUUCCUAUUUUUCAAAGCCAGGUAUUACAAAAUCACUUGCCUUUACAAACAAUGGUGGAUAUAUUAUAACAAUCGAAAUUUCGAGUUUAUCUACUAGCUCGUUAAAAAAUUUGAAUCAUAAUAUAACUUCUUCACUAAAUUUAAAUACUCAAGAAGAAGCACCCUAUCAAAGCAGUGCAAAAAAUUUAAUUUCGUUGACAACACCAUUAGAAAGAGAAUGCUAUUAUACAAAUAGCGAUGCUGUUGGGCAUACUAAAGAUGGUUUGUCUUCAAAUAAUUUAAUUAACAAAAAUGAGCAUAACCCUUUUAUUUAUGAACAAGCAAGGGACCCAUAUCAAUCAACAUUACAAACUAAAUAUAUAAAUAACUUCACAAAUGGAAUGCACCCUUCACAAGUAGACCAUUGUGAUGUGAUGAAUUCAGAAGAUAAUGCCCGACGUAGUAAUGUCAAUAAUAGUGAAAGAAAUGCUAAGAAUAGACAAACAAGAGAUAGCUACAAUUGUAAUAUUGUAAUUACUGGAAAUGUUGGAAAAAUAAUGCAAGAAAGCAUAAUUAUAGCAAAUACUUAUUCGAUUAAUAUACUAAAUCGUAUAGUUCCAAAUUUUCAAAGUGAAUAUUUACAUAUAAAUUUAAGUGAAUGUGAUUUAAAAAAAGAUGGGCCUAGUGCAGGUAUUAAUUUUGUAACAUCAAUUUUAUCUUAUUAUUUAAAAAUUCCUGUUGAUAAUAAUUUAUGUAUGACUGGGGAAUUAACAUUAAAUGGACAUAUAUUAAGAGUUGGAGGAUUAGUAGAAAAAAUAAUUACAGCAAAAAAUUCUGGAAUACAAACUUUAAUUAUACCUAAAGACAAUUAUCAUGAAUAUUUAUUAAUCCCUAAAGAAACAAAAGACGGUCUUCAUGUUUUAUAUGCUCAUCAUUAUUUUCAAAUUUUUAAUUACAUUUUCGCACCGAAGAUAUGUUACAAAGCAACAUAA